GUAAAACGAGAAUAUAAGAAAAGGCAACCUUCCGAGUCCAAGUCUUUCUUAUAUAUAACAAGAAGCGGGCUUGGGCAAUCCACGCUCCAAAAUAAAGCAAAAUCACCUCUCUCCAACUUCACUCUCUCCCUCUGCAAAUUGAAUUUAAUAUUCCUACAAAAAUCCAUAAUCUCUGCAACUUUUAAUUCAAAAAGACAGACCGAGGCACGCCUACACAUGUGUGUAGCAACGACCAAUCUAUACCCUGCAAGAAACACGCACUGUACCGACACCCAGCGCCACCCCUCUCUCUGUAUCCUGACAGUGAUAAACAGAGAGAAACGCAAAACAAAAAACACACGAAGAUACUCGAAAAGAAAUAUUGAAAUCAUUCAGAGGGUUUUGCGGGCUAUGAGGAUACACGGAGAAAUGCCACCUGAAAAGGAAGAGGAGGAGAAAGUGAGGUCGUUGUCUUUAUCUAUACAGCAGCCACAGAAACUGGUGGUGGUUGGGUAUGCUUUAACAUCAAAGAAAAAGAAGAGUUUUUUGCAGCCAAAGCUUGAAGUUUUAGCCAGAAAUAAGGGAAUAUUGUUCGUUGCUAUUGAUCUAAACAGGCCAUUGCUGGAUCAAGGUCCCUUCGAUGUUGUUUUGCACAAGCUGUUGGGAAAGGAUUGGUGCGGAGCUAUUGAGGAUUACAGGAAAAAAAAUCCUGAAGUAGCUGUCCUCGAUCCUCCAGAUGCUAUAGAGCAGCUACUGAAUCGGCAGUCCAUGCUCAAUGAUGUGACUAAUCUCAACUUAUCUGACUGCUAUGGCAAGGUCUGUGUUCCAAGGCAGAUGGUAAUUAAUAACGAUCCAUCAUCCAUCCCUCAUGAAGUCACCAGCGCUGGAUUAAAGCUGCCACUAGUCGUAAAACCACUAGUUGUGGAUGGAACUGCCAAGUCACAUGAAUUGUUUCUUGCUUAUGAUCAAUUCUCCCUUUCAGAACUUGAACCACCCUUAGUGUUGCAAGAGUUUGUUAAUCAUGGUGGUGUUCUUUUCAAGAUUUAUAUUGUUGGUGAAGCCAUAAAGGUUGUACGACGAUUCUCUCUACCUAACGUUACGAAGCAAGAGCUAUCAAAAGUUGAAGGUGUUUUUCGAUUUCCGAGGGUUUCAUCUGCUGCAGCUUCUGCAGAUGAUGCAGACCUUGACCCUUCUGUUGCUGAACUUCCUCCCCUUCCUUUACUGGAGAAGCUUGCAAGGGAGCUUCGUCGCCGGCUGGGACUCCGAUUGUUUAAUGUAGAUAUGAUCCGAGAGCAUGGGACAAAAGAUGUUUUUUACGUGAUAGACAUCAAUUACUUUCCUGGGUAUGGGAAAAUGCCAGAUUAUGAGCACAUUUUUACAGAUUUCCUACUGACCCUGAUGGAGAGCAAGUAUAAGAACAGACCUGCACACAAUAACGGCUGAGAAACAUGUAUCCAACUCUAAAUGAUGUUUCUUGCAGGUCUAGAUCUCCUUUGGGAAACUGAAGAACAGUCAAUUUAGUUUUUCUGUAAUACUGAAUGGUAUGACAUGUCCCUUGCUCAAGCCACAUCCCUGUCAACGAGGUUCUUAAUGCAGUUUCAGCUUGUUUAUUAUCUGAUGCUUUGUAAUGUUUCUAGGCAAAAUAAGCACAAUACCAGAUGUCCAUUUGUGCGCAAGAACUUCAAUUUGAGACAAAUCACCACUUCUCAACUUUUAUGAGCCAUUGUCUCUCUAGUCUUGUGAGCACUCAACCUGCUCAUUACCUAUGCCGAAACUCGCAAGGAAGCAAAUUCAAGUAGCCCCAAUCUCAUUUCCUUCCCCUUGUAUUCGCAUGAGAUAAUUGGAGAUGAAUGUCUUUGGUUAUAAAAUUUUCUUAUAGACUUCUUUACAUUGUUAUAUGUAUAUGCUAGGCAAAUCAAACAUCUCUGAACUGGGCAGUUGCUGGAGAUAGCAAGCAUUAUUAGAUUGCGAGAUAAAAUUAGGAUUACCU